UAAAAAAAAGACGUGCAACAAAGCAUAUAAAUAUGAUGUCGAACAAUUGUUAUUAUCUAUUAUUAUAAGUUUUUUCAAAGAACAUUUAAUUAUGGCUUCUCAAAGUGUGAGUGCCUCGAAAAAAACUUUACCAUUGCUAUUGAUAAAUAUAGCUUUAGUAUUUUCUGCUCCUGGACCAAUAAAAUGGACGAACAAACAAAGAACUGCCAAUCCAAUGGGAGAAUACAAAAAUGGUGCGGUUUCAACAGUGGAUGGAGAAUGCGCGAAAAUAGGUGUUCAAAUGUUAAAAAAAGGAGGAUCAGCAGUUGAUGCUGCGAUUGCAACACUUAUUUGCGAAUGCGUCGUUUCUUCUCAUGCCAUGGGAAUGGGAGGAGGUUUUUCAAUGACAAUUUGGGACGCAAAAAAAAAAGAAGUUCAUUCUUUAGAUGCUAGAGAAACAGCACCACGACAAGCUUCUACCGAUAUGUUCCGAGGAAGAGCAGAAUUAGCUGAACACGGUGGUUUAGCCGUUGCUGUACCAGGUGAAGUGGCAGGAUAUUGGGAGGCUCAUCAAAAAUUUGGAAAAUUAAAAUGGAAUGAACUUUUUGAACCGUCAAUUGAAUUAUGUGAAAAAGGAUUUCGAGUUAAUCAUUUCUUACAUUAUGGAAUCAAUGCAACACAAAAUUUAAUAAGAGCUGAAUCAUCUAUGGCUGAAAUAUUUAUAAAUCCCGAAACUAAUCAACCUUUCCAGUAUGGAGACACAAUGAAAAGGCCAGUGUAUGGAAGGACCCUUAGAAAAUUAUCAGCUCCAGACGGCAGCGGUGUCAGAGAUUUUUAUAAUGGCACAAUGGCUAAAAAUAUGGUUAGAGAAAUUAAAAAACAUAAUGGAAUUGUCGACGAACAAGAUUUCAGAGACUAUAGAAUUUUAUGGAGACCUCCAGUAAAAACAAAACUCAAGAAUGGAUUAACUGUCUAUUCGUCUCCACUUCCUGGAUCGGGAUCAAUUUUAGCAUUUAUUUUAAAUGUACUCGAUGGAUUUGUCUUUGAAAAAGGCGAAACUAUUGGCUAUCAAAGAAUUUUAGAAACAUUCAAAUGGGCCUACUCUUUCCGAACUAAAAUGGGUGAUCCUGCUUUUGUUCCUGAUGCAAAUCAACUUUCACUGAAUCUGACAGACAAGGAUCAUGCAAGUGUUAUUCGUCGUUUAAUCAAAGACACAUGGACCAGUAAUGAUCCUGAUUAUUAUAGUACAGAUACAAUUAAUCGUGAUGAUCAUGGAACUUAUCAUGGUUGUGUUUAUGCUCCUGAUGGUUCUGCCGUUUCUGUUACGUCAACUAUUAACGGAUUAUUUGGAGCAUUCUUCCGUUCGGAAUCAACUGGAAUUAUUUUUAACAAUGAAAUGGACGAUUUUUCAGCUCCAAAUAUUGUUAAUAUCUUUGGUGUUCGUCCUUCUGAGGCUAAUUUUAUACAACCGGGAAAAAGACCACUUAGUUCAACGGCACCAACAAUUAUGCUCGACCAGAAGAAUCAAGUUCGAUUAUUGGUUGGAGGCGUUGGUGGUAUAAAAAUUACCACAGGGGUGGCACUUACAUCAAUAUUACAUUUGUGGGCAGGAUAUUCUAUUAAAGAGGCUAUAGACGCUAACAGAAUGCAUCAUCAGUAUUUGCCAAUGCAAGUCCAAAUUGAAAAUAAUUUUCCAUUGCCAAUAAAGGAAUAUUUAUACAACGUUGGACAUAAUAUCACCGAUUUUGCAGGAUAUCCGAAUUUAAUUUUCGCCAUUUCACAGCAAAAUGGCGUUAUUUCGGCGUAUUCAGAUUUCCGUCAAGAUUGUCGUAAUGCCGGUUUUUAAUAAUUGGAAAAAUAAGGAAAACAACGAGGUACAAAAUUAGAAAAAUAAACAAUUUAUGCAUGCUGCAUGUUUACAAUAAAAAAAAAAUAAUAAUUUAAACAAA